AUGGGCGAAGAUGUGAACGGGAAGAAAUUGAUUCUGUUUUUACUGGAUGGUGUACGUUGGGAUUAUCUCGACCCGGAUUAUGUGAAUCUGCCCGGAUUAAAGGGGAUUAUGGAGAGAGGAGUACAUGUGGAAUCGUUGAUCCCUGAAUUCCCGUCAGUGUCGUAUCCUAAUCAUUAUUCUCUUAUGACAGGUCUACACGCUCAAGACCAUGGGUUUGUCGAUAAUGAUAUGUAUGAUGUAGAAACUGGGAAGACUUAUCCACCAGAUUCUGGUAGCGAAGAUGAUAAAAGUUUCUGGUUUAACGAAGCUGAGCCUUUCUGGAUAACUGCCAAGAAACAGGGAAAGAGUGUGUUUAUGUAUAACUGGGUAGGGGGUGAUGUUAAAAUACAGAAUGAACGACCGAAUCACUUUCGACCUUACUCUACAGUUAAAAAAAUAAAAUAUUUUAGACAUGAUAUAGACGAUGGUUUACAGGCUUUAUUGAAUGGGUUAUAUCACGAGGGAAUCGAUGAUCUGGGUCAUAGAUAUGGUCCAAAGUCACCCGAGGUCACAGAAUGGUUGAAGAACGUUGAUCUAGAGUUUUCAAGACUGACUCAGAAAUUAGAAGAUUUUGGCGCCACUGAUGACGUCAACAUUAUGAUAUUUUCUGACCAUGGAAUGACAGACGUUUCUUUGUCACGUGUCAUUAAUGUGACGUCAGUAUUACCAAUGGAAAAUAUUAAACACGUCAUCAAUGGAUAUGGGUCGAGAAUUUCUAUCUGGCCCAAAGAUGGAUUUGAAGACGAGAUUUACCGACUAUUAAAGAAUUAUGAUCGUCAUAUGAGAGUGUUUUUAAAGGAGGACAUCCCCGUAGAAUGGUAUUAUACUAAUAAUAGUAGGAUUGCUCCUUUAUUACUGGUAGCUGAUAUAGGGUGGUAUAUUGAUACGCCUGAUUUUGGGUUUUAUCACUAUGAUACGGGAAUUAUGAAAGGAGAACAUGGCUACGACCCAAAAUUAAAAGAAAUGCAUGGUAUAUUUAUAGCCACUGGACCAAAUUUUGCAGUAAAUUAUAGAUCAGCAUCAAUCAGGAAUAUCGAUCUGUAUCAGAUUAUGUGUUUAAUAACUGGAGUUGAAGCACUUGACAAUAACGGAACAUGGAGCAAUGUUGGAAUGUUUGUUUCCGGUUCCGGUCUGAACUCUGCCAGUUUCCUGGUUAUUUUACUAAUAGUGUUCAUAGCCAAUAUUCUUUAG